AUGCCGUACAAAGUGGAUACCACCUUAAUGCUUAUAGCGGCUGCGGAGUUCUCAGUGGGAAUAUUAGGGAAUGUGUUCAUUGGACUGGUGAACUUCAUGGACUGGAUCAAAAAUAAGAAGAUUACCUCCAUUGACUACAUCCUCACAGGGCUGGCGCUGUCCAGGAUUUCUCUACUGUUGGUCAUAAUGAUUGAUUGUUUCAUACUGGUGUUGAAUCCAAAUGUCUAUGACAACGGCAAAGAAAUGAGGAUCCUUGACUUCUUCUGGACACUAACUAACCAUUUAAGUGUUUGGUUUGCCACCUGCCUCAGCAUUUUCUAUCUCUUCAAGAUCGCUAACUUCUCCCACCCUUUAUUCCUCUGGAUAAAAUGGAGAAUUAACAAAGCAAUUCUCAAGACUCUCCUGGGCUGCUUGGUCCUCUCUGUGUUUAGCAGCCUCCCGGUCACAGGGAAUUUGACUGAUGAUUUCAGACGCUGUGUCAAGACAAAGGUGAAAACAAACAUAACCUUGCGAUGCAGAACGAGCAAAGCUGGCUAUGCUUCCACCAAGGUAUAUCUAAACCUGGUCAUGCUGCUCCCCUUUUCCAUGUCCCUGAUCUCAUUUCUCCUCCUGAUCCUCUCCCUGUGGAGACACACGCGACAGAUGCAGCUCAAUGCAGCAGGGUCCAGAGAUGCCAGCACAACAGCCCAUGUGGGAGCCAUGAAAGCGGUGAUCUCCUUCCUCCUUCUCUUUGUUGCCUACUGUCUGGCUUUUCUCAUAGCCACCUCCAGCUACUUUAUGCCAGAGACUGAAUUAGCUGUGAUUUGGGGUGAGUUGAUAGCUCUGAUAUAUCCGUCAAGCCAUUCAUUUAUCCUAAUCCUAGGGAACAACAAAUUAAGGCAUGCAUCUGUAAGGAUACUUUGGAAAGUAAAGUCUGUUCUAAAAAGAAGGAAAUGUUGA